AUGCCACCAGUAACGCCAGCCAUUUGGUCCGAUAAAAAUGCCAACACUUUUGGUCCAGUUUGUCCUCAACGACUUCCGAAUUUACGAAACGAAACAUUAGCAUUGCAAAAAAUGACUAAAGGGAGGCUAAAAAUUCUGACAAAAUGGCAGGAAAUGCUUAAAAAUCAAAGCGAAGAUUGUUUGUAUCUGAAUAUUUACACGCCAUUCAGCACCAACAAUAAGGGACUCAUUCGUUUUCCUGUAUUGGUAUUUAUUCAUGGUGAAUCUUAUGAUUGGAAUGCUGGUUCUGUUUAUGAUGGAUCAAUAUUGGCCAGUCAUUCCAACAUUGUCGUAGUAACAAUCAAUUUUCGCCUCGGCAUUUUAGGUUUUUUUCCUUCAUUGGGAGGUACGGCUAGGGGCAAUUUCGGACUAAUGGACCAAGUUGCAGCAUUACAUUGGAUUCAAGAAAAUAUUCGCGAAUUCAACGGUGAUGAAAGAAAUGUCACUAUAAUCGGUUACGGACAUGGUGCAGCUUGCAUUAAUUUUUUAAUGCUUUCGCCAAUGGCUAGAGGCCUUUUUCAUCGUGCUAUAAUGAUUAGUGGUUCGGCCUUGUCACCUUGGGCAAUAGCGUCGGAUUCAAUUUUUCAUGCCAAAAAUUUUGCCAAAGUUUUAGGUUGUUUAGAGAAUCCUAAAAUGGAAAAAGAUGUUCUAGAAUGUUUACGACAUAAAACUGUGCAAGAAAUAUUAUCAAUCGAUCUGAAAAUACCGACACAUUUGACGGCUUUUGGACCGAUUAUUGAUGGUAUCGUCAUACCUAAUGACCCUCAAGUGUUAAUGUCGAAACCAAAUUCUAUAUUUGGAAGUUAUGAAUUAUUAUUCGGUGUAGUCAAAACUGAAUCAUAUAAUUUAUUUUCCAUGUAUGAUGAAAGGCAUGGCAUCGAUCUAUCUCGACGAGAUCGUUUAUUACGAACAUUGAUUCGAAACUUAUUCAAUUAUCAUCUUCAAGAAAUAUUUUUAACUAUAGUCAAUGAAUACACUGAUUGGACUCGUCCAUUUUUACAUCCGAUCAGUUUAUUCGAUUCAUUGAUUGAUAUAUUUAGUGAUGCAUUGAUUGUGGCACCAACAAUUCGUACGGGCCUUCUUCAUUCAAAACAACAAUCACAUAGAACAUACUUUUUUACAUUCUCACAUCAAACAGACAAUAGCGAUUAUCCAAUACGUUUGGGUUGUAUACACGGACAGGAUAUGGCCUAUUUAUUGGGAGCACCAUUAGUUAAUGGCAUACAAUUUUCUUGGUUUCCAAAAAAUUAUUCACGUUUCGAAAUGACUUUAGCCAAGAUUUAUAUGAAUUAUUUGGCUAAUUUCAUCAAAACUGGUGAUCCAAAUAAAAAUGUAACAAACAUGUAUGAUCAUUAUAAUGUUAGCAGACAGCGCGAAUCAUGGCCAUUGUAUGAAGAAAUACAGCAGAAAUAUAUUUCAUUCGAUAACAAAAUAAGUAUUCAAGAUCAUUAUCUUGCUCAUCGUUUAUCAUAUUGGUUCAAUUUAUUACCACAAUUACAUAAACCAGGUGAUGCUGAUUUAAAAGUUCAUCAUUUAUUAGAGUCACACAAUAAUAUUCAAACCUAUGAUGGAAUAAUUCGUUAUGGAACCUUAUCGGCACCAGUUUCUUUCAAUACAUAUUUUAGUUCUGAAAAUCUUUAUCCACAAAAUCAUUCUUCAACUUUUCAGUUAUUUGGAACUAAUAAUCAUCCAAUUACACCGUUAUUAUCGGAAAACAGUAUUCCGGAUAGUCAACAAGGAUUUAUGUUAAAUAAUAGGAAAAUUAUAUUAAAUGAUUCUGAUAGCAUAAAUAAUAAUCCCAGUCAAGAAGGUAGUGCCUUAGAUUUGGUACAUAAUAUAGCUGCUACAAAUGCAUCAUUCUCGAUGAUCGUACAAUCCAAUAAUCUUUAUACAUGGCUAAGUCUGAUAAUAGCCAUUGGCUGCUCAUUGCUUAUAUUGAAUGUUCUUGUUUUUGCCGGAUUCUAUUAUCAUAAAGAUCGUAAUCGUUUGGAAACAAAAUUAAAUCGACACAAACAGGAACAACCAUCACGUAAUAAAAAGCUCAAUACUUCGAAAGGAUUUAGUAUUAAUAAUCCGAACAAUAAUAAUAAUAUUCCAUUGUAUAGAAUCAAUUCAAUUACCGAUGAUUAUAAUAAACAGGCCACAUGAAUCACGAAUCUUUUUUGCAUCAUUUAUCAAGUUAUAUUUCAGGAAAUUCCCUAAUGUAUUUAGAGAAUCGAACAUUUUUUUUUCUUCACACUAUAAUAAUCCAUAUAUGUACCUAUUAUGUGCCUUUAGAGAAGGAUAUAAUAUAUCCGUUAAAAUUUUCAAAAUAAAACAAAAAGACUUUAUUUGAAAAA